UCUCACACCUUCCUUGGGUGGAGUCUGUAGCUCUCACUCCGGUGAUCUGAACUCUCUAGCACUUCCUGAUGUCGUUCCCCUGCUAACUCGGAUCACGCAUCCCUUGGACUCCCUCCGUUACAUUUCCUCUUUGACUCUCCUCGUUGUAGGAGAAGCGGGGAGAGUCUCGCUUUCUAGUUCCUCGUCGUUCCUCGUGUGAUCUGUUACCCCUCGUCUUUUUGUAGAUUUUGUCUCCUUUUAUCCGCGGGAGUCGCGUCUAGUUCCCAUCGAGAGAGUUCAGCCCCUGUCCUCCGACUGAGCAUGGGUGUUUGAGUUUUGUAGAAGUAACCCCAUAAUUCCCUUAGCUAGGGCCCUCGAAAAUAAUAGUAAGUUCGCGAGAUAUUGUCCGUUGGCAAAUCUCCUGGUCACGCACCGUCCACUAACGAAUCUCUGCGAUCAGCCAUUGUUCGUGCACGAAUCGCCGUAAUUUCGCACAAUGGGUCGCAGACCGUCGUCGUCGAGUUCGUCCGGCAGGUUCAAGUACCUGCGACCGGCGUACUACAUCCGGCGACCGCGACGACUGGGCCUGCUCACUCUUCUCAUCGUUGCAAUCGUCUUCGUCGUCAUGGAUCGCCAACGACAGGCGAAAGAACUGGAGGCACUUGCGACGCAACUGGACAACCUCGAGGGGGAGAAGAGCCACUUGGUCGUCGAGCUGGAAAAGGCUCGCUUAACUGGUAGCGUCUCCCACGCCCAAGCAGGAGGCCAAGCCUCAGCCGCUAGAAAGGACCCUCUCAUUCUAGGCGUGGGUGGCGGUGGCAGGGGUGGCGGCAGCGGCGGUGGUGGUGGUGGUGGGGUAAGCGUUGGUGCACGGGUUAGCAGCAAAGUGGUUGCGAGAAAGCUUCUUCCCCUGGAUCAGCCGAUCAGGGGUACUGCAGGGGGUGCUGCAGGGGGUGCUGCAGGGGGUGCUGCAGGGGGGAUGUUGAGGGGAGGGGAUCAGACUCGCCAAGCUCUUACUGGGGAAGCUGUUAGAGGGGAUGCUGCUACUGGGGAUUCUCAUAGCGUGGAUGUGGAGGAAAAAGCCCUUUCAGAGCUGCAGAGACUGGGGAAGCUGGACGACGAUGGGCUGGGGGGCGAAGGUGACAGUAACGAGGGGAAGGCAACAGCGGUAGGCGGUCUUGAGGACAUUGACUUGGAGGAUGAUGUGGCUAUAGCGGGGGUUGGCAAAAGCGGAGGGGGAGGAGGGGGAGGAGGGGGAGGGGGGGGAGGAGGGGGGGCGACGGAAGCAGGGGGGGAGCAGCUGCAGAGCGAGCAGAGGAAGGAAGUCUCUGCGGAAGUGGGACAGCAACGAGCGGCAGAGAAGAAAGAGAAGACGCUGGGGCAGGGACAGGGGCAAGAGCAGGGGCAGGGGCAGGGGCAGGGGCAGGGGCAGGGGCAGGGGCAGGGGCAGGGGCAGGGGCAGGGGCAGGGGCAGGGGCAGGGGCAGGGGCAGGGGCAGGGGCAGGGGCAGGGAUUGUUGCUGAGGGGCCAGGAUGAGACGGAGAGGAGGAGAGAGGCGAUCAAGCAGGGGAUGCUGCACGCGUGGAGGGGGUACAAGAAGUACGCGUGGGGAGCAGAUGAACUGCAGCCUCGCAGCAAGACUCCGUCCAACAACUUUGGUGGCAUGGGAGCGACUAUAGUGGAUUCUCUAGACACGCUCUUCCUCAUGGGGCUCAAGGACGAGUUCAAAGACGCCCAAAAAUGGGUGGCAGAAUCUCUGAACUUCAACCGGCACGCCAGCGUCAGUGUCUUCGAAACAACCAUCCGGAUGCUGGGAGGCCUGCUUGCUGCAUACGACCUGUCAGGAGAGAGGGUCUUUUUGGACAAGGCUAGGGAGCUAGGGGACCGCCUCCUGCCAGCGUUCAACACUCCCACUGGCAUUCCCUUCGCCUAUGUGGACCUGGCCUCUGGGGGAGGGAACGCCCCUGGCUGGACCGGGGGGUCAGCAGUCCUGGCGGAUCUCGGCACACUGCAGAUGGAAUUCGUGACGCUGUCAGAGCGAACAGGCGAUCCCAAGUACGCAAUCAAGGCAGAGAACGUGAUUCGCCAGAUUGAGAAGAUCUUCCCUGAAGAUGGUCUCGUGCCCAUGUUCAUCAGCAUAGACAACGGCCAGCCCACCAGCACCCACAUCACAUUCGGUUCGAUGGGUGACAGUUUCUACGAGUACCUGAUCAAGAUGUGGGUGCAUGGAGGAAAGACCCCUGUCGUCAAGAAAUACAGAGACAUGUGGGAGAGGUCUAUUAACGGAAUGUUUUCCAGAUUGGUGCAGCGCACGCCAGAUAGGGACGGGCAGAAGGGCUUCUCCUACGUGCCUGAGAUGGACGGGGGUAGCCUCAUCCGCAAGAUGGAGCACCUCACCUGCUUUGUACCGGGGAUGCUUAUACUGGGGAUGCCGGAGGCCUCACCUGCUGAUGCUGCCAAGUACCUGGACUUAGCUAAAGAGUUGACUCGGACCUGCUACGAGUUUUACAACAGCACGCCGUCCAAGCUGGGUGGGGAGGACUACAACUUCCAUGCUGAUGGCCCCCAUCUCCAAGGCCGAGUCUACAACAUACUGAGACCAGAGGCAGUUGAGGCCAUCUGGUACUCAUGGCGAGCCACCAAGGACCCGAUUUACCGCGAGUGGGGGUGGAAGAUCUGGCAGGCGUUUGAGAAGCACUGCCGGGUGGAGGCCGGAUACGUGGGGCUUGAGGAUGCCGGCCAAGACCCCCCUCCCAAGGACAACAUGCAGCAGAGCUUUUUCAUGGCAGAGACCCUCAAGUACCUCUACCUGCUCUUCUCGCCCGACGACGCUCUCCCGCUGGACAAGUGGGUCAUCAACACCGAGGCACACCCGCUCAAGAUCACGCCCCGGCUCACAGACUUUGUUCCUCCUGCUUCUACGGCUGGUGCUGGUGCUGGUGCUGAUGGUGCUGGUGCUGGUGCUGGUGCUGGUGCUGGUGCUGGUGCUGGUGGUGCUGGUGCUGAUGGUGGUGCUGAUGGUGGGAGUUUGACGGCUACAGCUGCAGCAGGGGGAGUGAUAGAGACAGACGACGCAGGCGACGAUGUCGGCUUGGAAGCUACUGCGGACGAUGCUGCCGCUGAUGCUGCUGGCGACUCUGCGUCAGGUGCCUAUAAUGGUGCUGCUGCUGGUACUGGUGCUGGUGCUGCCGGUGCUGCUGAUGCUGGAGGUGAUGUUGAAGCAGUGAAUGCUGGAGUGGUCUCAAGAGGAGAGGCUAUUCAAGGGAUUGAGACGCAUGCUGAUUCGUUAGCUGCAGGAAGGGAUGCGGUGGAAAGAUAGCUAGAGAGAUGGAGACAGGUGUUGGGGCUGGUGAUGAAAGAGAUGUUGGAGCAGGCUUGGGAGCAGACGGUGAUCAAGGGAUUGAGACGCGUGCUGAUUCGUUGGCUGCAGGAGGGGAUGCCGUGAAAAGAUAGCUAGAGAGAUGGAGACAGACAGUCGAUGCAGUGGAUGAUGCUGGCUUGGAAACUGAUGAUGCUGCUGGUGCCGCUAAUGGUACUGGUGCCGCUUAUGGUACUGGCACUGGCGCUGCUGGUGCUGCUGCUGGUGCUGCUGGUGCUGCUGCUGGUGCUGCUGCUGGUGCUGCUGCCGGUGCUGCUGUGGGUGCUGCUGCCGGUGCUGCUGCCGGUGCUGCUGCUGGUGACAAUGGUGGGUCACUGGUGCAGAUGGUGGUGGUGGUGCAGGUGGUGGUGGUGUUGAAGCAGGGAGUGUUAAAAUCAUAUAUUAACAGGGAGUGCUGGAGCAGGCAGGGGAGCAGAGGUUUAUCAAGGGAUCAAAACUCAGGCUGACGCUGAUACGACUGCAAGAGCGGAUGCUGGGUAAAGAUCAAGCACAGUUUUCACUAGCUGGCCAACUAGUUUUUUCGAGGCUUGGAUGUGGGCUUGUUAUCGAGUCAUUAUGCAAGGCGUGUGUGGUGGAACUCUAUUGUAGCAUGUUCUACCACAUAGUAUUGAUACUUGGUCAUAUCAUGUCUUGCCAAUCUGUA